AGCCAAAAAAGGAAGGUAACUUCUACGCCACAACAGACUUACGUGUCAUGUCUCCCAUAUCCGCAUGCAAAAUCCAAUAGAUGACACAUUCUACCUCAUCCACUUAUAUUUACCCACGUGUCACCCUUUCUCUCGUCUCUCUCUCUGAAUAACGUCUGCCGACCUUCUCUCUUUUGGACGGCAAGACUCGCCGUCCGUCGUUCUCCCCCCCCCUCCCUCAUUUAUUGGGUUUCAAUCUCCCACAACACACUCUCUCUCUCACAUUCAACAACAACAACAAAAAAAAACGCUUUUUUUUUUCUUUUCCAAUCCUCGAUUACGCCUUUUUGAGUUUUCCUGGGAUUUCGAUUUUGAAUUAUUCAUUUCCAGAAAUUUGUUCUUUUGUUUUCUUCUUCUGGGUAAUUUGAAAAUUUUAUAUUUGAGAGACCCAAAAACAAAAAUCAUGCAGAGGAUCGUCGAUAAUGCUCUUGCCGUUACAAAAGAUGCAGGUCGGUGAAAACUUUGACUUAUGAGUCUUUGAACAACUUUGCAAGAUGCAUUAAUGGAGUUUCUGCACUUCUCUUGACACUUUUGCCUGGAAAGUCCAAUAUUCUUGAAGGUCUUCAUGGAUGGGAGCUUAGGCCUACUUUACGUGGACCUCGUUUACCACGCUGGAUGCAUAAUGGAGUUUCUUCUUUCAACCACUUCAUUCACGAGCUCUCUGUGGAUUCUGAUACUUCAAGCUUGGAGUAUUCCUCUGCUGAAGAAGACGACAGUGGUGGCAUGUCCACGCCUCCAUCACCGUCGUCUCAAACCUCACUCCGCUCUUGGGCUAGUCUUCCUGCAAAUUACGAAAGCCAUUGGACAGAGUGGAUAACUUUCAUAGUCUGGUGGGUUUUACUACCUGCCCGGAUCCUUCUAUGGGUACCGUUGUAUCUUAUACGUCUCUUUGGUAGACGUAAUUCAAGAAUGUUGCCUAUGAGCCCAGGGAGGUAUGGACAUUCUUCUAGACCUUACUUUAGCAAAGCUAUCCCAGGGAAAGAGCAUGAUGUCCCUAACCGAACUACUGAUAGAAGACGCGGAGUCAUUGAGGAUCUUCAGCUUGGUAUCGAGAUCUUUAUAGAAACAAUAUUUGAUUUUUUUCACAAGGCGGCACAUCUUCUUCUUUCUCCAUCAGAAACGUUUGGAAUAGUUUUAUCAUGGUUCUCUUCCUCCAAUCACAGUCACAGCUCUAAAGGAGACUAUGGCGAUGUUUCGGAUGAUGAAGUCGUGCAGACUGCCAUUCUAGGAGAUAACGAUUCAUCUCCUACAGAAAGAACCACAACCACAACCACAACGAGCUUAUACAAUACAGAUACUCGGACUUGUCAAGAUGUUAUAACAGAGCUUGGGUAUCCGUAUGAAGCUAUUCGAGUUGUUACUUCAGAUGGAUAUGGUCUUCUCUUGGAAAGGAUACCAAGACGAGAUGCAAGGAAAGCUGUUUAUUUGCAGCAUGGUGUAAUGGAUUCUUCAAUGGGAUGGGUAUCAAAUGGUGUUGUUGGAUCUCCGGCAUUUGCUGCUUAUGAUCAAGGCUACGAUGUUUUCCUAGGGAACUUUCGCGGUUUAGUUUCAAGAGAUCAUGUGAACAAAAACAUAUCCUCAAAAGAUUUCUGGCGUUACUCCAUCAAUGAGCAUGCAACUGAAGAUAUCCCAGCUAUGAUAGAGAAGAUCCACGAUAUCAAAACUUCAGAACUGAAACUCUAUCAGCCUACUAUUGAAGAGGUAGUAAAAGAGGAGCAACCGUAUAAGCUCUGUGUUGUAUCACACAGUUUAGGCGGCGCAGCGGUUCUGAUGUAUGUAAUCACCCGUAGAAUCGAAGAGAAACCACACAGAUUCUCGAGACUGAUCCUGCUUUCGCCUGCUGGAUUCCAUGACGACUCCAACGUGUGUUUCACGUUCAUGGAGUACACAUUCCUUUUCUUGGCUCCUGUACUAAAACGGAUUGUUCCCGCUUUCUACAUCCCCACUAAGUUUUUCCGGAUGCUUCUCAACAAGUUAGCUCGAGAUUUCCAUAACUAUCCUGCUGUUGGUGGAUUGGUCCAGACAUUGAUGAGUUAUGUGGUUGGUGGAGAUAGCUCGAAUUGGGUCGGAGUCAUGGGUUUACCUCACUAUAACAUGAAUGAUAUGCCGGCUAUAUCCUUCUGUGUGGCUCAGCAUCUUGCUCAGAUUAAACAUAGCGGUAAGUUUAAGAUGUUUGAUUACGGCAGCAGUUCAGCUAAUAUGGAGGUCUACGGGUCUCCCGAGCCACUUGAUCUUGGGGAGUUUUACGGAUUGAUUGAUGUGCCUGUGGAUUUAGUAGCCGGAAAGAAAGAUAAAGUGAUUAGACCUUCAAUGGUUAGGAAACAUUACAUAGUGAUGAGAGAUUCAGGGGUUGAUGUUUCAUACAAUGAGUUUGAGUAUGCUCAUUUGGACUUCACCUUCUCCCAUCGUGAAGAGCUUUUGGCCUAUGUGAUGUCACGGUUGCUGCUCGUGGAGCCGACACAGACUCAGACGGUUCAUAAGAAAGGGAUGAAGCUGAAGAAGAAAAUGGAAACAGGUUGACCUCAUCUGUUAACUACGAAAUUAGGUUUUUAUAGAGUUUCUGGUGUCUUAUUUGUAAUGUUGUUCAUGAGAGGUCGGCUUAGAACAGACGAACAGUGUAUAUAUAUGGAUAUGGUCUUUUUUAUAUAUUUAUGCCAGUGUCA